AUUUGCGACAGCUGUGCGUGCUUUCUGGCAAAAGUAGGUUACAAAAAGGUGCGGGUGUUUGGAGACAGAUCGGAGGAACAACAGUCCUUUGAGGACGAUGUGAAAGACGAUUUUCUCAGGAAAGCAUGAGAGAGAAGAGAGAUGAAGUAUGAUGAAAGUCCUCUCCGGGUUAUAUAAUGGAAGGACUGGAAAAGGAGAGAGCCAUAUGCAGCUCUAGACCCUUCCCAUGGCUUAGUCACCCCAAAACAGAGGCCUCAACCCUGCUAUGGAAACUUAAAGACUGCUUCCCCACCAAUGAGACAACCUCCGCUCAUCACACAGAUAAAAACAAUUACAUGGACAGCAGAAAGGCCGUGUUGGAACUGAAAGAUGUCCCUCCUCCUCCACUCCAUACUUCCUCUUCCCAAUCAUCCCAGCCCUUCUCUCUGGCUACUCUCCCUAUGCCUCCUCCCUGCUUGCCUCCUCCUCAGCUUACACAUGACUCCCACCAACAACCGCCACCACCACCACAGCAGCAACAAGAGGGGACUAGCCCCAAAGUAAGCAUUUACACACACUGUGACUAUUGCAGCACAGAUGGCUACGGGUUAUUGGGUAGUGGAGGUGUUGUUGGUAGCAGUAGCAGCAUCGCUGGUGUUGUCUCACUCUAUAUGGCCCCAGGCUCUCUGGGAACACCCAUCAGCAGCAGCAGUAUUAGUAGGUCGGGCCCUUGCUCUGUAGCCUGCUCUGUAGCCUCAUCAUCUGUUCAUCAGUAUAAACAUCACAUGAGCUGUGGAAGUGGAGGUGACGUUCUUGGUCCUUUGCCCACUAUUGGUAGCAAACCCCAGCUGCCCUCUUCUGUUGCUACCUCUCAGCCUGUUUCAUCACACCCCUACCUCUCCUGCUGCUCAGGGCUUCUCCACACCUACCCAGCUGUACCUCUUCCAUACAGUCAACCCAGCCUGUUUCCCUCCUCAGCACCUCUGGCUUCCUCUCUCCCCUGUGUUUCCUCUUUACCCGCUCCCUUGCAUGGCUCUUGCCUGGCCCCUUCUGGCUUCUACACCUGUGGUGUGGACUGCUGCCCAUCAGCCAGAAGAUCCCAGAGAAGCACACUUGGUGAUCACCCAACCACCACCACUAUCACCACUACAACCACCUCAGCACAAUUCUGCUCUAAUCCUUUGCACCUAAAUGUAGAACGCACGGUUUGUGUGAAGGGAGCACACUACUGCCAGGAUUGCCUGUUGAAGCCCAUGAAUGGUCUGGCGUCAGAGUCGGACAAGGUGUGGCCCAAUGUUCCUAUUCCCCAGACUGCUCCUAUCCCUAUCCCAAUUUGCAAUGGCUGUGGCACCUCCUCGGAUGGCAUGAUGCUCAUGCCAUCGGCCAGCCUUGGCAAGACCGGCCAGAAGUAUGGUUCCCCAGAGAAUGGUGGUUCUGAGAACAUUCCUCCGGUGGGUGUCUUCUGGGACAUUGAGAACUGCAGUGUGCCCAGCGGUCGCUCUGCUGGAGCUGUGGUCCAGCGUAUUCGCAGCCAUUUCUUUCAGGGCCACCGUGAGGCAGAGUUCAUUUGCGUCUGUGAUAUCAGCAAAGAGAGUAAAGCUGUCAUCCAAGAGCUCAACAACUGCCAGGUUACUGUUGCACAUAUCAACGCCACAGCCAAGAAUGCUGCAGAUGACAAGCUUCGCCAGAGCCUACGACGCUUUGCUGAGACCCACACUGCACCUGCGACUGUUGUAUUAGUAUCCUCGGAUGUGAACUUUGCAAGUGAGCUGAGUGACCUGCGCCAUCGCCAUGGCUUCCAGGUAAUCCUGGUCCAUGGCAGCCAUACAUCUUCAGCCCUGCUGCAGCACGCCCACCGCCAUGUGGCCUUCCAGGAGAUCACAGCUGAUCUGCCACCACGUAUGCUUGUCAAAGCACAGCCCAGUUUCAACCUCCUCUAUGUGCACAACCUCCCUGUCAACUGUGACAAGAGCCUGCGGAACGCUGUGAAGCUCAGGCUGCGCCGCCUGUCAGACAACUGUGGUGGCAAGGUGCUGGGCAUGGCCCAGGGCACAGCAGUCCUCCGUUUUGGCAGCACUGAGGCAGCUGCGCGUGCCCGCAAGCGAAUGGAGAAUGAGGAUGUGUUUGGCCACCAAAUCAGCCUUUCCUUCUCCCCACGGCCCCGAGACGAUGCAAGUCCUGAGCUUGAGCUUCAGUCUCGGUCCCAUCACUUGCCUCAGACUCUGCCCCACACGUAUCAAAGCCAGGAUUCAAUGUUCGGCUCUCCCCCAUCCAUAUCCUCUUCCUUUCUGCACCUGGAGAAGCCCAGGUCACCCAGGAGGCAACGGCGAGCAACCCGCCCGUGCCAGGCCCCUGGCCCAGUGCCCGAAAGGCCCUACAGCCCCAGGAGAGGGUGCAGUGGGCCUCCCGGUGGUGCUCCAGCCAAGCCCCAUCAGGAGCUGGGUAGUUUGGAGGGCAAGACCAGAAUGGGCUUCCACCACCUGGAGAAAGGACGUGCCGCUUCCUCUUCCCCUCACCGUAAUGGUGAGACAGGAGCCCUGGAGCAGCUGUCCAAGUCUGGCCUUAGUGGAGAAUCUAUGUACAGAAGGAGACGAGAUGGCUCCUACCCUCGCAGUGUGACUGAAUCCCCUGUAGAACAAGGGGACAAGAGCUCAGGGGAGUUCCAGAUUAGCAUUCCCUCAGCUUUCAGCAAGUUGAACCUGCACAGGAGCUUCAGUCCCCUCAUCCUGUCCCAGGGCUCCUGGUCAUCCAGGAGUGUGUCGCCCUGCCUGUCCAGCCGGUCCUCACCCCUCCUGGCUGCCCCUCGUAGCAUGUGUCCGGAAGGUCCUCCUGAGCCUUUCUCAGAUGGGGCAGAGGUCCAAGUGGCCAACCUGGACUAUAGAAUGUCCCGCAAGGAUCUGCAGCAGACACUGCAUGACACCUUCUCCCGUUAUGGGCGGGUGAAAGCUGUGGAGCUUAGUCCCCACACUGACUAUCAGUUGAAGGCCACAAUCCAGAUGUUUUCCCUGCAGCAGGCCAUAAGUGCUGUCAGUGGCCUGCACCGUUAUAAGAUCGGAGGCAAGCGCAUUCAGGUGUCUCUGAUCACUGGUGGUAGCAGCAAAUCCCUUGUCAUGCUCAGCACAGAGAUCAUCAGCAUUCUUCAGGAUGCGCCUGCAAAUUGCCUUCCCCUCUUCAAGUUUACGGAGAUCUAUGAGAAGAAAUAUUCGCGUAAGCUUGUGGUUGGGGAUCUGUACAGGCUACCAGAGGUGGUGGCAGUGCGGGAACAGGGAGGCUCAAGACUUGUGUGCCUACUGUCCAGCAGCCAAAUACGUCAGAGUCCACUGGGAUCUUCCCAGUCCCAGGAGGGCUCCUCCUCUGCUAGCGGCAGCCCCGUAGUGUUUGAGGAGCUGGAGUACCAUGAACCUGUCUGCAGAGAGCACUACACACAGCAGGACUUCAGUGAGGCUGACUUUGACCCUGACUCCUAUACAAUACCUUUUGUUGUGAUGUCUCUGAGCACCUUAGCAUCUGAGGUCCACAGUCUGUUGCAGUCACAUGAGGGGACUCUUCCAUUACUCAGUUUUCCAGACUGCUAUGCAGCGAAAUUCAGCCCCCUGCAGCUGGGCAACGAGACACUGGAGGGUGGCAUUCCUCUGGAGCAUCUCAUUACAUGUGUUCCCAGUAUCACAAUAGUCACAGCUCAGAACGGCUUCAAAGUCAUCAAGUGGAUCCACAACAAACCACCAGCACCAAACUCUGAAACGUGGAUUCAGCGCUGCAAGAGUCCAGUUGGCAACCCACAGCUCAUCCAAUUCAGCCGAGAGAUUAUUGACCUGUUGAAGAGUCAGCCUUCUUGCAUUAUGCCGAUGAACAAGUUCAUACCAUCAUACCACCAUCACUUUGCCAAGCAGUGCCGUGUCUCUGACUAUGGCUACUCCAAGCUGCUGGAGCUUCUGGAGGCUGUGCCACAUGUCCUGCAGAUCUUGGGUAUGGGUACCAAGCGUUUACUGACCCUGACUCAUCGUGCUCAAGUGAAGCGCUUCACCCAAGACCUGCUCAAACUGCUUAAAUUUCAAGCCAGCAAACAAGUGGCAAUCAAGGACUUCAUGCAGGCGUACCAUUGGUGCUUCUCCAGAGACUGGAGGGUAAUCGAUUAUGGCAUAUGUGACUUGAUGGACCUGCUGAUAGAGAUCCCCGACACCACCAUCACUAUUACACAUCAGGACACGGACACCGUCAUCUCAGUUCCCAAGAGAGAGCGUACUGUAGAGGAAAUAGAGCGCACUAGGCAGUUUGGGAAGGAGGUGGUGGACCUUCUUCGUCACCAGCCUCACUGCCGAAUGGCCUUCAGCAAGUUCAUACCCACCUACCACCAUCACUUCGGUCGUCAGUGCAAACUCAGCUACUACGGCUUCACCAAGCUCAUGGAGCUCUUCGAGGCAAUCCCCAACAUACUGAUGGUGUUGGAGUGUGGUGAGGAGAAAGUGCUGACUCUGACAGAAGUGGAGCGUAUCAAGGCGUUGGCCGCUCAGCUGGUCAAGCUGCUUCGGGCUCAGAAAAACUCCAGUCUCCCUGUCUGCCAGCUGCUCACGGAGUACAGCAAGACCUUUGGUUAUGGUCUACGCCUGCAGGGCUAUGAUGCCAGCUCCCUGCCGGCUCUGCUUGCCAAACUCUGCCAUGUUGUCAAGGUGGUGGAUGGCUCGGGGGGUCGGGAAGUGCAGUUGAUCAAUAGGAAGUCUUUGCGCUCACUGACCUCCCAGCUACUGGCUCUGCUCAUGUCCCAAGAGGAGGAGCACGUCACCAGGGGUUUCAAAGUGGAUGAGCUGAGCCAGCAUUACCUGACUGUCCAUGGAGCCCCUCUCAACCCAUGUGAAUAUGGGUUCCUGUCCCUCAGCGAGUUACUCAAGAGCCUGCCCUACCUUGUGGAGUUGUACAGUGAAGAAAGCGAUGACAACAACAAAGCUGGCAACACUGCCAGUGGUGUUGAUGAGGAGUGGGUGAGGCUGACCAGGCUCUACCAGUUUGCCCGUAACGUACGCGGCCUGCUCCACACCUACCAUUACAACCAGAUCUUCCUGACGGAGUUCCAGGGGGCUUAUAACAAAUUUACAGGCUGCAGCCUUGAACCACGCUCCUACGGAUACACCAGCACUGAUGAGCUGCUCAGCGCCAUUCCACAGGUGGUCUGGAUCAAAGGGCAUGGUCACAAGAGGAUUAUCGUUUUGAAGAACGAUAUGAAAGGUGAAGCAAGGGCAAGCCCUUCAAUCCCCAACAGCCCCCAGCCAGAAGAGAACACGGCGAGCCCGAGAGACAGCCCGAUUAGCAACGCAACAUCUGGAACCCAGAGUCCAGGUGGCGAUUCAGCGGUAGAAUCGGAGCUGCUGUGUCUGACCUCAGCAGUAGACCUACUGUGUGGUCCUGUACCAUCCUGCCUACCGUCACCUCAGCUCCACCCUGUUCCCCUCCAGGAGACGGACCUGAUUCACUUUGAGGAGAAAAUUCCAACAGUGAGUGACGAACCUGAUGCUGCAGCGGUCGCUGACAGCACACCUGGGCUGCCUGGCAGCACAGACGACUCUGCAGUCCCCAAACCUCCGCCCCCCUCUGACAUGAAGACCCCUUUGUCCAUGGACAGUCCCAGCAGAAGAGCCACUCGCAGCAGAAUUAAGCUAGCUGCCAACUUCUCAUUCACAGCAGGUCUCUGAUCCCUUUCUCUCUCUCUCUCUCUCCACACACACACACACACACACACACACACACACACACACACACACACACACACACACACACACACACACACAGCAAUACUAGUUCACACAUAGUGUAACUCUAAAUACAAGAGUUUUAGCGGCUACACUGAACACACUACACAGAAGUGACCCUUGCUUUUCUUCUUGAUCAGUCAUCGGCCAUCUUUGUUUGCUUAUUUCACAAUCGGUGUGUUCUUUCCGAUGACGUUCACCAAGCUGUGAUUUUUCUUCUUGCAGAUUUUCUGCAGUUCUUUGAAUUGAAUUGCCAAAUUCAUCUACUGUAACGUGUGUUUGAUUUCAUCUCCAUAGAAGUUAAAUUAUAUUUCUGCAUCUUCAGGUCAGAGCCACGUUGUGUCAAAGAACACUCGCUGGCUUACAAUGAAUGCAGCGUCUAAAGAUGAGUUAGUUGUCACUGUAUACAUGUAUCUGGUAAUGGGAGAAAUGCUGGGGAUGAGUAACUAAGUUUUGUGUGUUAAAUCCAAGAAAUGUAGUUACCCACAUUCUCAGAUUAUACAACUGCCAAAUAACAGAUUUAUAGAGAUGUUUUGUUAUUGUACAAUAUUGAGAAACCUACACGUAUACGUCCUUGCUGUAUCCCUGAAAACAGAGCAUUUAAUUUUAUUACAUUCAAUAAUUUUUACGCUCCUUUUCAAAUUUUGGGAGAAUUUGCUUUGUAGGUAACCAUAGACCUGUCAACCAAACUGGCCGCUAAGCACCACACGGUUUCGUUCUUUCAGUCUUCUCAUGGGUAAAGUACUAAGGAAUUCUAAAGAGGUAGCUUCUCUUUUAGGUAUAUUCUUGUCUUUUGUCUCUGUUUAGUAACCCUCAGGACAGUAUUUUCAGUUCCUUUUUAUAUUAUGCAGAGUAUGUGGUAGUCCGUGAAAGAGUUUGGCCUAAAUGUGUGGUGUAUUUGAUGGCAAUUUAAUGGUGGGACUUAACAUUAGUGUUAACUUUUCAUAUCGUGGCUUUGUUAACGGAAGCCAACGGUCUUUGAACAGUUAAAGCAUCGAUGGCAAACUUUUGAUUGCUAUUGCGACAAGCACUGCUCUCAGGAAUUUUUUUAUUCUUGUUGUACUUUGACUUAAUUUAUUGCAAAGAUUUCGGCUCGUCUCUCCAGGGCCACGAAUGAAGGCCUGGAAGGGGGUGGCUCUUUAACACUCUUGCCAGAUGUGCGCUCCGGCAGCAGGAACGAAGAUGUAUACCGUACUUUAAUUGUUCGGCUUUCACCAGCAGCCGGUGUGUUGUGUUCUUUUUAGCUGUGUUUUGUCUGUGUGGUUUACACCGGAGUAGGUGGUGUGAAAUAUGCAUGGUGUGCAUAAAUGAGUUUAUGCAUGGUGUAAGCCCAGGAGGAACAGACAGGAACAGACAUUCUUGAAGAUCGGUCUUUUAUUUCCACCAUGUUUUAGGGGUCUUAGAGUUGGCGUCACCCUUGCAGUUGCCACAUUAAAUGCUCAGGGUUUUUAGAGUUAACCUUGUUGCUCGUAAGCACCGUGUCUGUAGUGAUGUCCACUGCCUGAGUUUGAAGAGUUGGAGGGGAGCAGUAAGCACUCCUGAGUUUUUGAUUUUUAAUGACAAGGUGAUUGGUUGUGAGUUUUUAGGGGAAAGAGAUGUGUCGGGGGAAGGGGUGGGGGGGGGGGCGGGGGGUGGUAGGCUGUUUGUGGAGCACCAUGGGGGCUCUGGGCAGCCUCCUGCACAGACUGUGACGUACACACAGAGGACCCUCUGCGGCUCUCUGGAAUCUGCCGGGCUUUUACAAUGGCUUGUAUUUGCCACGGUGCCAAAAGGAAUCGCCAUGGUAUCUCCCCAUCCCUCCCAUCUCACAUAGAGGAGUUUUUACUUACUGAUGUGUGUUGGUUUCUCCGUUUUCCCUCUGUCUCAAGUGUUUACAAGAUUGCUGGCUGCUGAAUUGCCAUCAAAUAAUGUCGGCUGCUGGGAAGUUUAGCACGACCGAGGCGCUGCUGAAGUCUAAGGGUUGUUGUGGUUUGUGUUCAGGGAAAAGGUUCAAAGAAUGGGUAAAAGCCCAUUUAAUCCGUUUCUGUCCCGUUUCAGUGUUUACCUCUUUAGCCAGUGUUGAUAAAUUUUUUUUUUUGUUCUUUGUCAGACUUGGUUUUGACUUGGUACGAGAGAUUCCACCUGCCAACUCUCCAAAAUCUGUCUGCAUGCCAAUCCGAAUGUUUUUAAUUAGGGCUGUUAGGGUUCAGGUCUCUCCUGCAAUGUUUUACUGACUAUCUGGACACCUCUUUGAUUAAGGAAUGAGCACCUCAAAAUAGUUAAUUAUUUAGAAUUGGUAAUGUUUAAAAAAAAAAAAAAUGGGCUAAAAAAAAUGCUCAGAUGAAAUGUCUAGAUUUAACUUUGGCAGUACGGAUGGAUAACUUUUUGUGACUUUGAGCAAAACCUAGCUCUCCCCUCAGAGUACUGCAGUGGCAACUAACUAACUCGUGAAUAUAUUUUACUCUAUAUUUCUCUCUCUGUUUUGGUUACAUCAGUGAGAAGCUAUUGUACCGGUCAAAAUAUGCACUUUUGCAUAGUUUUGGUUCAUGAAAUAAUGUGAAAUUCGGUAGUGAACUGGGAGGGGCUGAAACGUGUUUUUGUGUCUACCUCUUUCUGUUUAACUGUAUGUGACCUCAUCUUGCUUAUUCAGUUUCAUGUUGCACAACUGUUCUACGGUUAAAGAAAAGGUUUAAUUAACUCAAUAGUGUCCUUUUUAAUUAAACUGUGAUUUAUUUUUUGUUUACAACUUUGUCACUUAUGUGUUCACCCCCCCCCCCUCUGUCACACCGUUUUACUGCAUCACCACACCAGAAGUUGCUGUAACAGUUUAACGUUGUUGAAGGGACCAAAAAAAAAGAUUUCUGUUAUUAAAUUUCACAAGCAUCAA